AUGUCUUCUACAAAGUAUAAAGAAAGUAAAACAACUCUUACCAAUAAACAGAUAAAGGCUAUCAUCACGCAUAAAGAAAAAAACCCUCAACUUAGUCAAGCUAACCUUACAAAUAAAAAACAUGAAGUAGAUGCUUCUGUAGAUGACGAUAUUGUUAAUGCUGCUAUUCCUCAGUUAAAAGAAAUUUUAAAAGGAUAUGAUCUAAAAGAUAUUUAUAAUAUAGAUGAGACCGGCUUAUUUUAUCAGUAUUAA